AUCGAAGAGCAUGCAGCUUCAGCUUUAGAACAGCCUGCACCUUUUGAUGUAGUGAAUUAUGGAGCAAGUACAUCAACCUCAGACAGCCCAUCAUAUCCAUUCCAAGAUGAUUUAGAGCCUAAAAGCACGUUGGUUGAGUCACAAGCAGUGCAGGUGAAUUUGCCAAACAAGGGUGUGGAUUUUGGAAUCCAAGUCAAUCUGCGUGGUCUCCAUUUAAUGAUGAAAUGUACUGACACUGAAGUCGAGGUUGAUGUUUCAGAAAGCAGCACCCAGACUGAAGAGGUAUUUCUUCCUGAAAUUGAAGAUAACAAGGAAGAAGCAACUGAAGCUACUGCUCCCCCAGAAGUCUCUCCAAGAAAAGAUGGCAUCUACCUUCCCACAAAACAGGAAGAUUCAGAUGAUUCGAACAUGUCAGGCUCAGACAACGAACACCAAGGGGAAAUAAAAUGCGAAAAGCCACAGGAUGAUACCAAAUACAUUGUAUUUAAACAAGAGCUAUUUAAAUUGUUUAAGUAUUGUCCUGAGUGUGGUACAUCUGUGAUUAAGAGGAACCAAUCCACACAAGGAAGCCAACUUUUUGUCACCCUAGAAUGUAUGAAUAAUCAUAAGUACUCCUGGCAAAGCCAGCCAAUGCUUGAGGGGAUGACAGCUGGAAAUUUGUUGCUGUCAUCAUCUAUUUUGCUCAGUGGCUCUAUACCUUUACAAAAGUAG